AUGCGCAGAUACAGACCUGGAGGAGGCCCGGUGAGGGCUCAUGGCGGCGUGCCAGUGCCCGAUCCCUUUGCCAUGGUGCGCGCAUACGAUAGCGACUCGAAUCCCGCCAGGCCCAUACGACCCUCCCCGCUGGCCGCCUCGACUAUUCAGGGUCUACCGCUAGAUCUGCUCGACCGCCUGCGCUCUUUCCCGCUGUUCCAGGCAGCCCCCGACUCCUUCCUCACCCAGGUCGGCUUGCAUCUCAAGCCGCAGCUAUACCAGCCCCAUGACACAAUUCUUACAGAGGGCGAGACGGGCAAGGCCAUGUACUGGCUGGUCCGCGGUGCUGUGCGCGUGACAUCGCGGGACCAAGAGAGCACAUACGCAGAGCUAAAGCCCGGUGCUUUCUUUGGCGAAAUUGGCAUUCUCAUGGACAUUCCCCGCACCGCCACCAUCAUAGCCAACAUGCGCUCGCUCGUGGUACGCCUGAACAAGGAGGACCUCAUGAAGGAGCUACCGGCAUUCCCAGAAGUGGAAGUCGCCAUCAUGCACGAAGCGCAGGAGCGACUGGCCAUUUUGCAGCGCAAGAAAUCCGAAUUGGGAGGCAAGCGCCCCGCCAUACCCAUGCGCCAGAUCACGGGCAAGCGUGACCGUGACGAUGGCGAUGUAGUCAUGGCAGAGAGCGGUACUCUGCGCGAAGGCGAGGUCAAUGCCUUCAAGAAGAGGAAAUCUCCUAGCCCGGGUCUCGCUGAAGCCAUAGCCAAUAGUGCCUUUGGAAGCGGCAACAUACACGUGAGACCGCUGCUUAAGGAACUGCCUCUCUUCUCCGAGCUGCCCGACGACAUCCUCCACUUCAUUGGCAUGCGCGCGCAACCCUGUUCGUUUGACCCUUUCACCGACAUAAUCAAACAGGGCACACAGGGACGUGAUGUUUUCUUCAUCGUGAAAGGCGAAGUCGAGGUCAUCAACAUGAACGUACCUGAGCAGAACGGCUACACUUCACCGAACCAGGGACGCCGGAAAUCCAUCGCAGCGGGCGAGCAACAUUUCCAGGAAGUAAAGGCCCGAUUGAAGCCUGGGCAGUACUUUGGCGAAGUCGUCAGUCUCUCGCUUGCGCCACGCCGCACGGCUACGGUCCGCUCCGUGUCGGCCGUUGAGUGUUUGAUGAUUAGUGGCGACACUUUGAACCAGCUCUGGGAGAAAUGUACUCCUGACGUACGUCGGCAGGUUGAAUCCGUCGCAAAAGAGCGGCUACAGACCGCCAAGGACGAUGAUGUACACAUGCUCGACGCGAAUAGUACACCCAAUAUCCACGACCUAGCCAUAGCAGACCAUGUAAUACCCCGUACACCACGACGCAAGAAGAGUGUGCCCACGGUCACCUUCAAUGACACCAUCGGUAUUGAUAACCCGGUGACACCCACCCGGAGAGACGAGAAGAUGAUGGAACCAUUCGACCCAGACCCAUUUCUUAACGUCGACCUUGACAAUGUCAGAUCAAGAUCUAGAAGAGGAUCGCUCGCCCCACCUCCACCAGGGUCGAUACCCGACUCGCCAUCUAGUCCAGCUAAGACCGACUUCCCAAAAUCACCAUCGCCUGGUGGAUCACCCCUUUCCCCGUCACCAUCAUUCACAAUAGCGAAGCAUGCAUCCACUCCACCAGAAAUGCCCUUUGACUUCAAGCGCCCACGACUCGUCAACAGGCCAAGCAGAUACGGAAGAGGCAGAUUACCAGAUCCAGUGCUUACAAAAGUUCUUGCAAACCUAGACAUACACCAGCUUAUGAAGUUGCGCGCAAUAUCUUCGCAUUGGAACAAGCUGAUAUCGGAGUCGCCGCACAUUCUCCAUGACCUUGACCUUACCAAGUACAACCGCAAAGUUACGGACCGAUCGCUAGUAGACAUAAUAUGUCCGUUUGUAGGCAGCCGACCAAGAUAUGUCAACAUCAGCAACUGCUUCCAUGUUACCGAUGAGGGCUUCGCCGAGCUAGCAAAGACAUGCGGACCUAGCGUUAGGAUUUGGCGCAUGAAGAGUGUAUGGGACAUCACUGGACCAGCUGUACUGGAGAUGGUGCAGAAAGCCAAAGGUCUCGAAGAGGUCGAUCUCAGCAAUUGCAGGAAAGUAGGUGACAACCUACUUGCUCGAGUGAUUGGAUGGGUGGUCCCUGAGAUGCCACCCCAGAUGGCAAUGGCACAUGCGCAACAUCAAGCUCAAAUAAACGGUCGUCGGCAAGGAAAAGGUGGCAACCAGCCUGCGUCGCAACCAUUACCGCCUGGUACCGUCGUCGGAUGCCCAAAGUUGCGACGUUUAACAUUGAGCUACUGCAAGCAUAUCACUGAUCGAAGCAUGGCGCACAUCGCCGUCCACGCUGCAAACCGCAUCGAAAGCAUCGACUUAACAAGAUGCACAACCAUCACCGAUGUCGGCUUCCAACACUGGAGUGUAUACCCGUUCCCGCGGCUCACUAAGCUCGUUCUUGCAGAUUGCACAUAUCUUACUGACAACGCGAUUGUGUAUCUUACGAACGCAGCGAAGGGACUAAAGGAACUGGAUCUCUCAUUCUGUUGCGCCCUUUCCGACACUGCAACCGAAGUCCUCGCUCUGGGUCUCCCCUCGCUAACCCACCUCAACCUCGCCUUCUGCGGCUCCGCCGUCUCAGAUACCUCCCUCCGUUGCAUCUCAUUGCACCUCCUCGAACUGCGAAACCUUUCCGUUCGAGGCUGUGUCCGCGUAACGGGUACAGGUGUGGAAGCUGUUGUAGAGGGAUGUCGCGAUCUCGAACGCUUUGAUGUUAUUACUCACGAACUCGACGACAGUAUGUUGGAUGAAGCUCAUCGUCUCACACGCCAGCGUGCAUUCCUCCGAGGCGAGGCGCGCAAAUACGUCGAUGAUUGGGCAAGGUCAUCGUGCCUCGAACUUUGCACGCAGAUGCAAGCACGACUGCCCCGCGAGCUACGGAAUCUUGUCUAUGCACAUCUGUGGAAACAAAACGAGUACUUCAGCGUCGCCCUCGACAAGCUUUCAGAGUGGUUCGAUACACACGUCCUAGAUGUUACCUUCUUGGGUCAAAAAACCCUCGUCGAGUUGGCAGAAGAAUGGUAUCACAACUGUGUAUUUGGCUUGGACCAUUAUUCUGAUAUGGUUAAUUUCCUCGAAUCCGCAAAAGACUUCUGGGGCUUGCCUGAUCUUGAUCUGACUCUUCAUGUACGCAAAGUCAGCGUUCCUGCCCAACCUUCAUUCGCAUUCGAUGGGCUAGUGUUGCUACCGAGGCGUUGGGAAAUGGUGGUCAAGCUGCAGAAACUGGCUACGCUCACGAUCGAUGUGGGACAUAGCGGAUGGCUUUCUGGGAUGUGGUUUGAGGUUGAUCGAUUAUUGAAGGAGCUUUUCCCCGUGUUGAAAGUCUUGAUUGGUGCUGGUGUCAAGGUUACCAUUUGCGAUGAUUCUUCCAGCAAACGUGUUGGCACGGAACAUCUCGAUAUCGAGUCCUGGGAUAAAUUGGUCGAAUAA